AUGGAAAAUCUUGAUGAUCUCUUAAAAUAUAGAAAAUCAAUAAAAUAUAAGGUUAAUAAUAAUAAUAAAAAUGAUGGAAUAUAUGAAAUAUAUAGUAGUGAUGAAGAUGCAUUAAAACCAAUAAAGCAUUAUUUUUUUGAUUCAAAUGAAGACUUUUUAUCAGUGUUUUUAGAAAAAAAUAAAAAAGAAAAGAAUGAUAAUAAUACAAAUAUGUUAAAUAGAAAAAUAAAAAAAAAAUAUAAAAACGUUUUUGAAAGAUUAACAGAUACUAAUUUUUACACAGGAAUUCAUAAAGAAAGAUUUGAUGAAUUAGGAAAUGGUAGAGGCCAAAUAGGAACUAAAGAUAUUUUUAUAUAUGAUGGAUGGCCAGAAGCAGAAACAAGAAAUCAUCAGAUAUAUUCAUUGGAUAUUAAAAAACCAAAAAAUCCUGUAGUUACUCCUGGUACAUUAGGAAUACAAAAAUACGGAAUUCAAAUAGCAACACCUAAAAAUAUAUGGAUUUUUAGAAAUGGAGAUAAACAUCAUAAUGGAACACUUUUUUUAGUUAAACCUCAUAUAAAUAAUUAUAAAAGUUUAUUAUUUGAAAUUACAAAAGUUCUAUCACCUACAAUUGGCCCUGUAAGAAAAAUUUAUGAUCAAAAUUUUCGAUUAGUGAGAAGUUUAGAACAGUUAGUUGACGGUGCCAAAUAUUUAUGUACAUCUGGUGAUCCUCCUGCAUCUAUAGAUAGGCUUCAACUUUUUUUAAGUAAAUGGGUUGUGCAGAGUUAA